GGGUACACAUGAGAAUAACUGCGCGAUCUGGUAACAUUGGGUUUGGACAAGAAACGUAUGGUUUUGGAACGUAAUUCGUGUUACGUUUCUUUCGAACAGUUCCUUCGUGCAAAAUGACGAAGGGUACGUCGAGCUUUGGAAAACGGCGAAACAAGACUCACACAUUGUGCAGACGAUGUGGACGGAGCUCAUACCACAUCCAGAAAUCACAAUGUGCACAAUGUGGGUAUCCUGAGAAGAAGAUGCGAUCUUAUAACUGGUCGGUGAAGGCCAAGAGGAGGAAGACAACUGGCACUGGCCGUAUGCGUUAUUUGAAGAUCGUUCGGCGUAAAUUCAAGAAUGGAUUCAGGGAAGGUUUGCCAAAACCAAAGACUGUCCCAACUAAAUAAUCGUGUUGUUUAAUAAGGUUUUGACUACUAAUAAAUAAUAGAAAAUUUGA